AAGGGGAGGGGAGGGGAGGGGAGGCAGGAAGUGGGAUGAUAAGGAACUGACGGGUCGGGGACUGGACAGCUCCUGGGUUUAAUUUACAGCUGAGACAAUAACCUGCUCUCCCAGGGGAGGGAACAGACACGGGAAAGCGAGGGACUGAACGGGGCAGGCGCGAGUGUCCAGGUGCCCAUCUCACCCUGAUGGUCUGCAGAAUAGCGUCCACGUUUCCCUUCCCAUUGUCCCACUCUGAUGAAGAUGGGAAACGGCCACAGGGGAGACGCUCAGGAUCUCUGACACCUAAACCUGACAGGAUCUCCUGUACAGAACAAGAGGAAAAGCCAUGGGUCCCUGGAAUCAGGGGAAAGUAAGAUACCCGUGAUACCUGUAAAAGUGAGGAGGAAACUCAAGUCAGAAACCAAUCAUGAGUGAAAAAAAGAGGUGAAGUCCCAACCAAGCCAUUGUGAGCGCUCACGUUUGUGCUUCAUCAAAUUCAAUACUAUAAACAGCUGUUCGGUCAUGUCCCUCACAGAUCUCCCGGAGGUCUUUCCAGAAGACAGUAAGCCCUCCCUUCACUCGGACUUUGUAGAGUUGUACAUAUGGGAUGUUGGCACUGCAAUGCUCUCUCCUCUGGAGAAGGGAUUUAAAAGAAACUGGCUCCUGAAUUUCAAUCUGAAUUAAACCAGACCAAAAAUCGUGAUGAACCCUCUACAGUUCCCUUUCUCCUGAACACGGAGAACGAGGGUGUCUGAUUUUUUCUUUUUUCCAGCAGACGUUUGGAUUGUGAGUGAGAGUGCAGAGAAUCUUGAGCGAGGGGAACCAGAUGGAACAAUUUCAGGGAGAUCCAAAGAGAACGUUUCCCAGAAUCCUGAUCAAGAAAGAGCCUGUGAGAGUUGUAACUGCCCAGAAAGACAGUGGGUAAGCCCUCCAAAAGAGAGAGAGUAAAUCCACUCACUGUGGAUGAGAGCUCACAAACAUUAAAGGCACCACUGUCCAUCAGAGAGCUGUCUCCACAGGCUGUCAAUGAACACUUAAGUGUUGUGAGAAAAGGUACAGCAGGGGCUCAGGCCUCAAUAGCCACCAAAGAGCCCCGAUGGGAAAGAAAUCCUAUCCAUGUGCAGACUGUGGGAAGGUCUUCAGCUGGAGCUCAGCCCUGAUCACCCACCAGAGAACCCACACGGGUGAGAGGCCCUACAAGUGCCCUGCCUGCGGGAGAGGCUUCAGCCAGAGCUCCAACCUGGUCAGACAUCACCGCACUCACACUGGGGAGCGGCCCUAUGAGUGCAGUGAGUGCGGGAAGAGCUUCCGCCUCAACUCCCACUUCCUCAAGCAUCAGCGCACCCACGCCAAGCCCUACCCUUGUGGGGUCUGCCAGAGAAGCUUCCACAGCUCCUUGGCCUUGGGCAGGCACCAGAGAGCCCACGCACAGCACCAGUGCUACACUUGUGCGGACUGCGGGAAGAGAUUUCGGGUGCGCUCGGCACUGGCCCAGCACCGCAGGACGCACACAGGUGAGAGGCCCUUCCAGUGCUCCAACUGUGGGAAGGGCUUCAGCCAGAGUGCCAACCUGCUCACGCAUCAGCGGGUCCACACUGGGGAGCGGCCCUUCCAGUGCACCGAGUGUGGGAAACGCUUUGCUGUCAGCUCUCACCUCAGCACUCACCAGAGGAACCAUCGCGCGGAGCGGCCCUGCCAGUGCACUGACUGCGGAAAAGGCUUUGCCAACCCUGCCAAGCUACUCGCCCACCAGAGACGCCACACGGGGGAGCGGCCCUUCCAGUGCCCUGAGUGCGGGAAGUGCUUCAGUGACAGCUCCCUCCUGGUGAAACACCAGCGUAUCCACACAGGGGAGCGGCCCUUCCAGUGCCCCGAGUGCGGGAAGAGCUUCAACCGGAACCUGACCCUACUCAGACAUCGGAGAGUGCACACCGGGGAGAGGCCCUACAUCUGCCCUGCCUGCGGGAAGGGCUUCAGCCAGAGCUCCCACCUCAUCACUCACCAGCGAGUGCACACAGGGGAGCGGCCCUACAAAUGUCCCACCUGCGGGAAGGCCUUCAGCCAGAACUCCAACCUGAUCCGGCACCAGAGGAACCACAAGCACCAGGACACACUGUAACCAGCUCAUCAGCACUUGCCUCACACAAGAGAAACCUGCACAGGCACAAACUGUGGGAAGAAGCUUCAAACAGAGCUCAGACCUUACAAGGCACCAGAGAAGCCAUGUGGGGAAGGAAGUGAUGGCUGUCAAACAGAUCAAGUCCUACCAUCUGAAUAGUGCAGAGGAAGUGCUGGAAGCAGCAAGCUGUUCACUGUAGGGAAGUGAUUGCUCGGUGAUAUUUUUGGAUGGAGUAGCGGGAGGCCCAAGGUGACAAAAAGAGGGGGCUAAAUCUGAUAAAUCUACAGGCGUUUGAAAGGGAUACAGACCAAGGGCAAAGAGAACUCAUUUAGGGUUGCCAACAGAUGCAGCUAAUAGUAGCAGGAUGAAAUUAAAAGGGGAAGCAUUUGUUUUCAAAAGUUCUUGACAGGACUAUAUAUUAUUGAGCACUUGGAUAAUACCCCCAGAAAGCAAUGGUAGCUUCCUCAUUUGGGACUUGUUGAAAUGUGUUUUUUAGGUUAAUUUACUGUAGGGAGACAGGGAGAUGGAUCAGAUGAAUUAAUGAGUCCUUUUCUACCUCUGAUGUGUCUAAUUCUCUCAAAGGAGGGAACAAAGGCAAAGUUGUUAAAUUAUGGUGGCAAAGGAGGGUGAAUUUAUUUUAAUCUCAAGUCUAUUGAAUGACCCAACCUAUCCUUAAAAUAUAUUAUCUAUUGAUACUGGAGACGUGAUUCCCGCCAUCCUUCUCUCCAGAACAAUGGGGUAAGCCAUCUUGUUUAGACAGUUUCACUAACCUAUUUAAUGCUGGUAUUUUUAUUGUAAAGCUAAGUGAUAUCAGAGACCAGAACAGAAUGCAAAUAAGUUCCCCUACCUCUCUAAGAGGAGUAAGAAUUUAAGGUUUCCCAAUUUUAAGCCCAGAUAUGCAAAUUAGACACAACUUGUUGCAGAGAGGAAGGUAUCUGAGGACUAAAGCCACAGAUGUUACAGUCCUUACUCUGCUAAGAGGCGCAUUACCUAUCAACAAAAUCAUAAGUUAAUUGGAAAGGAGAAAUAAUUGGACAAAAUUACAGCAAGAUUAUGUGGAUUGUGAGUAGUAUAAAAAGGACUUUCCAUACAAAUUGCAGAGAUUGAAAAAGAAACACUAACAUAGGAGCAGUUUGGUUCACGGAUACUAUUUUGUAAUUCUCUUCAGUUAGUUCUGUCUUUUGAAAUGUUUCCAUUGCUUUCUGCACUGUGAUUUUACUAUCUGAAUUGUCGCUGUACAUCUUAGCUCUUCCCCCCACUCCUCAAAGACAGACCAAGUAUUUUUAGGAAGAAGAACCCUCCCAUUUUACUAAAGCAGCCUAGACGUGAAAUUAUCAGCAUUCAUAGACCGUUUCUUAUUUAUGCACAUCAAUCCUUUUUUUCAAGCAGUGUCUUGUGUUGGUAUCCUGAUAACAGUAUACUUACCAAAAUGCAUUGUUUUGUUCACCAUUAAUGGUCUGUGCACUCAGGAGAGAGCCAAAGGAAAGCUAUGAAUUUGUAUGUUGACAGCAACAAAAUGAAUUUGGGAAGGAUUAAAUCCAUACACUUACUGGUCACUCGUUCUCCUAGGCUGGUAUUUGCUGUUUGCUCCAAUUGAAGCGUUCAUUCCAGCAGCACAAUGUCCCCCACUGUAAAGAGCCACUGAGAUGUAUGUCACUGGGCUUUCAGUCUGUAAACCAUUCCAAUCUCACGCAUGUUACUGGAACGUUUUAAGGGAAACAAGGGCGCUUUUUAAAAUUAUUUUGCCAUGUUCCUUUACAAUGAGAAACAAACCACAAUUUUUUUAGUGCCUGAUGAGUGAAUUAGAGGAGCAUUGUGAUGAAUGAGACUGACCAAGCAUGUGACACUUUGGACAUCUGAAUCCUACUUUGGUGGGAAACUGCUCUAUUGUAAAUAACCCCAUUACUAUUUUCUCAGCAAACAGCUAAGAUAAGGGCCAUGUGUCAGGGCUGACCCAGUCUCUUCUAAACACACAAAUGAUUACAGAAAGCAGGAAGGAGGUGAAUCCAUUCCAUGGGGAAGGGGACACUUCACCAUAAAAGCUUUCCCAGUUCCAAAAGCGAAAACAUUCCCCUUCUAAAAAACCCAAAUCAUUGCACCAUUGGACGGAUCUUGAAAUUCACAAUUAAUUAGAAUCAGGUACCAUAAGUUACUUCAGUAUGGAAAGUUACUUUCAUUUUUGGGGGGAGGAGACACUAAAACAUUUUUUUCUGCUUCCUCUCUGUGCAUUAGGCUGAAAAAUACAGGGAUUGGCAUUAUUUCCGUGAAUCACAUUUUUGAACUUGCUCUCUCCUAAGAGUUAUAUUUCAAUCUACAGGAUUUGCCCAGCCUUACUUACAUUAGUGUAACAUUCAGGGCAUAAUAGAGCAUACUUUCAUUUUUCCACUCUGAAAUACUCCUGGAACUUGUUUUUUUUAAUUUACAAUUUCUGGGUUGAUCCUGCAUCCUGGGCUUCCGGUCACUGGGAGAAGACAGCUGACAGAGCAGGAAACUGAAAAAGCAAAAGGGGAAGAUUAAAAAAGAAAAGGGGUGGGUGUGUGUAAAAUGGAAAUAAAUAAGCACAAAAGGAGCAACAUGGAGGGAAUAAGAUAGCUCUUAAAAAGUUUCUUUUGUCAUCAUCUUUGAAUUCUGAGUGGAAGUACACUACAGUGCAAGUAAGAACAUAGCGUGCCAAUGACUUCUACAUUUUGUAAGGGGAAUACCACAACUAGCAGAGAAACAUUAUAUAGCUAGCUAAAACAAUUUAAACGUUUUAAAAGAAGCUAAACUACUAGUGAUUUCCAUUUUACUUUUGGUAGCAAACAGUUUAGAGUAAAAGGAUUAAAAUCAGAAGUCUUAGGAUGGAAAAGUAGACAGCCAUUUAUAGUGGUUAUUUUAAUAGGCAUAUUGAAGUACAAAAAGAUAAACUCUACUUGUAUGGCACUGCUGCAUAACACGACUGCAGAUAUAUCCCAGUGAGUCUGGUCCCUCUCAAAGAACAUUACAGUUCACAACAGAAUGAAUCUAAAGUCUGUAGCAAAAGUUUGCAUUAUAAGUUACCAUGACAAUAAACUCUGACUUAUAUCAGAUGUUCUAUUUGUCUGUUUGAAUACUGCAAGUGUACAAUUCAGCUAUAUAAAAAUAUCAGGUCCGUGAAAGACUUUUUUUGUACCUCAGUUCAUCCACUGUACAGUAAAUUCUGAAGACAAGUCAAAGGAUUUUUUCAUCGGUUUUGUUAACUGUGAAUGUGCUAUUAAAUUGAAUUCAAUUCCCCCACA